UUUGCUUAGAACUUUAAUAUUUAGAAAGAACAUGGAGACAGCACUAAUCGUGAUUGUGUUCCAUUGAUAGGCAUCUACAGACCGAAGAAAAAGGCCCUUUCUUCUUCCGUUGGUGAGGUGCAUCCUGUCACUCAUUUUCUCCAUAAGCUCAGAGAAGUCUUCACUGCUUUCAGGUCAAUGAGCAUUCUCAUUGUACCGUGACUUGAUGGGGUGGGGGUGGGGGUGGUUCUAAGAUACACUACACAGAAGAAGUUUCGUAAUCACAAGCUAUGGAAAGGGGACAUGCAUGCUUAGCCUAGGUAUUUUUACCAUGAAUUUCCCAACCUUGAUUUGAUUAAAAUCACCUAAAACUGGACCAAUUCAGAUUUUUCAAGUUUAAUUGUUCACUUUGAGGAAAACCUCAAGGCGACGUAAGAAGAGUAGCAGGGCGGAAAGAGAAGCAGGGACCCAGGUGCUUUGUACAUCAGGAGGCCUGAGAAGUGAAGGGUAGAUUGGAUCAGAAGCAAAACCACAGCACAGUUUCUGUUCACUUGCUUUCAGAAAAUCACCCAGGCUCUUCAUACUGUCCUCUCCCGUCAGCUCUCCUGACUUUUUUCCUCCUAAGAUGCUGCUAGGUUAGAUAAUACCAUCCAGCUCGGAAGAUCCCUAGGGAAGAAGAGAAGCCUUCUGCUUGAGGAGUUUACCCCUGCCUGAUAUGUGCUGGGAAUGAAGACACUGCCUGCCAUGCUUGGGACUCCAGAGUUAUUUAGGGAACUCUUAAUCCUCCACCUGGGCCUCUGGAGCAUCCGUGGUGAAGAGUCAUGUGAAGUACAAAUUAAGGUUAACAGGCAUUCGGAAUAUGCUACAACAGGAGAGUACUUUAAAAUUAAAUGUCCUGUGACAUACUGUGAUCACAGACCUAAUGUGACUUGGUGCAAGUACAGUGAAAAACAAUGUUUACCUCUUGAGUUUGGACCUCAGAAACACACUAGUUGGGAAGAAAAGCCCGAGGCUUCGGUUUUUAUUCUCCAUUUUGAACCAAUAAAUGCCAGUGAUAAAGGAUUGUAUGUCUGUUCUACAAACAUUAAUUCUAAUGUUAUUUACAGCCGCAUAAUAACCAUCAAUGUGACAGAAAGGACUCAAAAUGAUUCAGAACACCAUCUAAUAACACCGUCUGACAUCCCAGAUGCCACCAACGCCUCAGGACCACCCACCACGGAAGAGAGGCUGGACAUGAUCUGGCUGCUUUACAGCUUGCUUCCUUUGGGGGCAUUGCCUCUGCUGCUUGCCUGUUUCUGCCUGGUCUGUUUCCUGAAAAGGCGCCAAGGGAAAGGAAAGAUGCCUUCUGACUUAGCAGAAAGGGACGUUAACCUGGUUGAUAUCCCAGUGAGUCCCAGGACAAAUUCCCAAACACUGCCAUCAGAAACUGGCAUUUAUGAUAAUGAUCUCUGGUCAAGUGUCCAGGAAAGUUCUGAAUCUACAACUAACUCCCAAUUGGAGGGAAACAAACAGGGCAUUGUUUAUGCUUCUCUGAACCAUUCUGUUAUUGGAAGGAACCCAAGACAGGCAAAGAACAUAGAAGAGGCACCCACAGAAUAUGCAUCCAUUUGUAGGAGAAGUUAAAUCUGGUACUGACAUAGACUGUGAGCACUGUAGGAUGGACUUGUCAAUACCACUGUCUGGACCUCUGGGGUCAAAUAACUUUCUUCAACCUGGGAAUUUUCACGUCAAGAUGGUUUGUACUGGGCUGUGUCGUAAAGGUCCAUAGAAUAUUUAGUUAAAAUUUCUGCUGAAAACUUUGGAAGAGUUUUGUACAAGAGCCUUGAACAAAAGACUUCUCUCUGGGAAAACUCAUAUCGCAAAUAGUAGAAUAAUAGAAUGUUUAAAUUUGACCAUGUCUUA